AUGCAAAGUGCUUUAGUAGGCUCCUGGCACAGCAACGGCUUCUAUGGGCACUACCGAGGUCAAUUCAAGAAUGAGAGUGCUCGAGAAUAUCGCUUUGCAGCCAAGCCCCAGCCUCCAACUGUGUUUCUGCAGCGGUGUCAGGAACCAGCGCAGCAACACUUCUUCUCCAAGCAUGACAAUCGUACAUCCUUCGACAAAGGGCCCUACUGCCUGCUGCAGGGCAUCGGGAGACGAAAAGACCUGGAGCGCUUAUGGCAGCGACACACCUUCCUGCGCUGGGCACCCUGUGAGCUGGAGUUUCGCCAGCAGCAGCCCCUUGAAUCUUCCUACCAGUCUGAUUUUCGGUCAGGCUCAGGAUUUGGUGGCCUCCCCCAGCGCCUCGUCCACUUUGUGCAGGUCCGGCCUGCCCAUGCCAGUACCACCUACCAGCAGAACUUCUGCCAAACAUCCUGGGACCGCCACUAUAGCAGUGACAAAAUAGGGUCCGAAGCCCCGGUAACCAAUUCAUUGCCGGACCUUCUGUGUCCCCCAAGACCCAAGCUACUGCAGCACUACCUUCAUGCUGGGGUCUCUGAGUGUCUAAACUGGUCCAGAGUAUUAAACAAGAAUGGCUGCUGA